AAGAAAGAUCGGGGGAUGGAUCAACACGCUUUAGGCCGGGCACGGGUCGUCUCCGGCGAGUUAACUACUCCGUAUGUGGCAUGCGCGUCACGUUCUCGCUCCCCUCCCCAUGAUUAGGAUGAUGCGUCUAGCGAGCUAGUAGUACAAGUAGAGGCUCCCAGGUUGCGUCCCUCGGGGUGGUGUGGUGGAGACUGCGGAAUUGUAUUGUUGCCGGGCGGGCUCCCGUGUCCGAGAGGAACCCCUUUUCUCCUGGCAUUAUCCGCUGAGGGUCUGGGAUAAUUGUUGGAGGGAGGUCACUGGAUUCAUUGAUUGGGUUGGGUUGAUCGUUACAGGGUAGGUAAAGCUCUUUGAUUUGAUCCGUCCCGUCCCUUGGGCUCUUCAAAGUGCGGUAUAUAUCCCUCCGUCAAGCUCCAGGCCGGAUUGCGUUGCUAGCUCUGCGUGGUGUGCGCUCCUUGGCCUGGUCCGUCCAGAGUUUUGCGUGCGUGCGUGCGUGCCGGGCGGCCAUGGGUUCUUGCGUGUCGACCACGAGGCGGCGGCGGAGGUCCAGGAAGCUGUCGGCCACGGCGACCAGGUUCCGCCGGAAGGUGUCGUCCGCGAUCGCCGGCGACGCGGCCGGCUGCUUCGCCGCGCGCCACGGGGUGCUGCAUGUCGACGGCGCCGGCGCGCCGGCCUCCGGCGUCACGCUACACCUCACGCAGCUGCAGUGGCAGCACAGCCAGAUGAUGGACGCCGGAAACGUGAUCUGCGACGAGGCGUGGUACGACUCCGUCAGCAUGCUGGGGGACUCCGCCGGCUCCGACGACGACGACAACGAUUUCUCCAGCGUCAGCGGAGAUCCUCUCCCGGAGGACGUCGCCGGCGGCACGAGCGCGUCGCCGUGCAAGGCCGCGGCGUGCUUGACGGACACCGUGAGCCGGCUCCGGAGCAUCGCGGACGCGGAGGCGUGCCAGGGUGACCCCCCGGAGAAAAGGGACGGCUCCGAUUCUGCUCCUGCUCCUGCUGCUGGUGGCCUGAAAGAAACGCAGAGCGCGGCGUCUUGCUCGCCUCGGCCCCUCCCCGGCUCCGUCCCGAGCCACAAGGUGCAGCCGAUGCCGGUCGCUGGGUUCAGCCCGCACCACCAGAGGAAGAAGUCCGCCGUCGUCAGGCUCUCCUUCCGGAGGAGAUCCUAUGAAGGCGAUGAAAUGACCGAAAUGACUGGCUCAGCCAAGUACCUGUACCGGCCGAGAGCGGGCCUGACGCUGCCGUGUUCGGCCGGCGAGAAGCCGUCGGAGGGCUGCUGGUCGGUGCUGGAGCCGUCGGCGUUCAGGGUCAGAGGGGAGGGUUUCUUCAAGGACAAGAGGAAAUCCCCAGCCCCAAACUGCUCCCCGUACACCCCGAUCGGAGCAGACAUGUUUGCCUGCCCAAGGAAGGUGCACCACAUCGCGCAGCACAUCGCGCUCCCCUCGCUGAAGCCCCAUGACUCUUUCCCUUCGCUCCUCAUUGUCAACAUUCAGUUGCCUACCUACCCUACGACCAUGUUCGGCGAGAACGACGGCGACGGCGUAAGCCUAGUCCUGUAUUUCAAGAUAUCUGAUAGCUUUGACAAGGAGAUCUCUCCUCUGCUCAAGGACGGCAUCAAGAGCGUGAUGAACGAGGAAAUGGAGAAGGUCAAGGGGUUCGCGGUGGACAGCAACGUGCCCUACACAGAGAGGCUGAAAAUCCUGGCGGGCAUUGUAAACCCUGAGGACCUGCAGCUCAGCGCGGCCGAGAGGAGGCUUGUGCAGACCUACAACCAGAAGCCGGUGCUGUCUAGGCCCCAGCACAAAUUCUACAAGGGCUCGAACUACUUCGAGAUCGACAUCGACGUGCACCGGUUCAGCUACAUAUCGCGAAAGGGCCUCGAGACCUUCCGAGAGCGGCUGAAACAUGGUGUCAUCGAUCUCGGGCUGACCAUUCAGGCACAGAAGGCCGAGGAGCUACCUGAGCAUGUGUUGUGCUGUAUGAGGCUGAACAAGUUGGAUUUUGCAGACAACGGCCAAAUACCGACGCUCAUAACUUCCAGCGAUGAAUGAAGCUGGAAAAUGUACUAACUUUGAGAUUGAGAGAGGCAAGUUUGUAUAUAUCGGGAGAUAGUUGUAGGAACUAACGCAAAUUUGUUCGGUAACAGUGUAUUGAUGGUGCAAAUAAUCGUUAUUUGCCCCCCUUCCCUUCCAAAUUGGCAAUUGGAGCAAUUAUGAUGUUCAAAGUUGUUCA